CCCAACUGCACUAUACUUUCCUAUAAAGGCAUCAGACACUUACAUGCAGAAACGCACAGCGGAGACAAGCCAAAACUUACAUUUCAUUUCCAUAAAAUUAAUCUUCAGGAAUGUCGAAGAGCAGCAGAUCACAAGUCAUAACCUGCAAAGCCGCCGUGUGUUGGGGAAAUGGGGAGCCAAUGAAGAUAGAAGAGAUACAAGUAGAGCCUCCAAAAUCAUCAGAAAUCAGAGUUAAGAUGUUGUAUGCUAGUUUUUGUCACAGUGAUAUCUUGUGCGCCCAAGGCUUUCCAAUUCCACUUUACCCUCGUGUUCUUGGGCAUGAAGGUGUUGGAGUGGUAGAGAGUAUUGGGGAUGAAGUGAAAGAUUUAAGAGAAGGAGACCUUGUGAUUCCAGGUUACAUUGGAGAGUGCCAAGAGUGUGAGAAUUGCACAUCAGGAAAGACCAAUUUGUGCUUAAAACACCCACUAACCUUGAAUGGGUUAAUGCCUGAUGGGACUUCAAGAAUGUCCGUUAGGGGUCAGAAGCUUUAUCAUCUUCUUUCCUGUUCAACAUGGUCUGAAUACAUGGUAGUUGAUGCUAAUUUGGUUUACAAGAUUGAUCCAAAUCUAAAUCUGGCACAUGCAAGCUUUCUGUCAUGUGGGUUCUCAACUGGAUUUGGCUCAUCCUGGAAGGUAGCCAAAGUUGAGAAAGGGUCUAGUAUUGCUGUAAUUGGCCUUGGUGCUGUUGGAUUAGGGGCUAUAGAAGGAGCUCGAAUUCAAGGGGCCAGUCAAAUAAUUGGGGUCGACAUAAAUGAAAGAAAGAAAGAAAAAGCACAAGCUUUUGGGAUGACUGAUUUUAUAAACCCUAAAGAAUCUGAAAAAUCUAUUUCAGAACUGAUAAAAGAAAAAACUGGGGGAUUAGGAGUGGACUUUUGCAUCGAGUGCAGUGGUGUCACUUCUUUAAUUAGUGAGGCACUCGUAGCCACAAAACCUGGAAUAGGGAAGGCAAUAGUAGUGGGUGGAGGGAAUGCAGCCACUGUCCAGAUCAACUUCCUUAGUCUGCUGUGUGGUGGGACUUUGAUGGGUUGUAUUUUUGGAGGACUCAAAAUCAAAUCUGACUUCCCUUAUUUAUUUGAAAAAUGUAAUAAAAAGGAACUACAUCUUGAUGAACUUUUGACACAUAAAAUUCCAUUGGAAGAUAUAAACAAAGCAUUCCAACUAAUUAAGCAACCAGACUGCGUCAAGGUUCUUAUUAAGAUUGAAUAACUAUUUAUUGUAUUUUCUUAAUUGAUUAAAAUAACUGCAAAGGUGGCUUCCACAGGAUAUCCCUCCUGAUUCAGCUGCAUUUUCCUAUCAAGUUUUCGUCCCUUUGUCUUUGUAUUCCCCUUGUAUUUGUAUUUAAGUUAACCUGGAGAAUAAAAUUAAGAUCAUUUUUGCAUAAAUAUAUAA